AUGGAUCUCGUCCAGAAGGAACAUGACCGACUAUUGAAGAGGCUCAGGGCCUCUCAUGGUCUCAAGCAUGUCGAUUCCACGAUCGAUCUACUGCAGUCCGCUCGGGACACCAUCGCUGCGGAUCCGAACCAAGCCGCCGUUACCCUGGCCAAGCUCCAGAACCCUGUGAAAUCGGCAUUCGACUCGAUCAACGAUAGUCUGAAAGAAACCCACGGCGGUCUCAAUAAGUACACCAAGUCUCUAGAUAAGCUGUUCAAAGAUCGACCCCUCCCGAGUACCGAGCACGAUGCACUCUACAACCAAGAACACCUCAUCAACCGUGCGAUUGCGAUGCACCUCCUCCGAGAAGGGCAGUUUUCGGUCGCGGCCACCUUUCUCUCCGAAAUCGCAGACCAAAAGCCCACAACACAACAAGAAUCCACUUCCCGCCCGAGCGAGAAACCCUCCAGUCUACUGGACAUCGAUGAGGUCCCCUCGACCGAGAUCCGCAAGCAGUUCGCCUCGAUGUACUACAUUCUCCACGAGCUGAAGGAGAAGCGCAAUCUUCUCCCUGCGAUAGAGUGGUCUCGGGAACAUCGCGAGGCCUUGGCCGCUCGAGGAAGCAAUCUGGAAUUCGAACUGUGCCGUCUCCAAUACGUCUGGCUCUACCACAACAAGUCUCUCGAGCCAAUGGAUUCCCCCGGGAACUGGGAGGCCGCCAUCGAGUAUGCGAGACGGGAAUUCCAAUCCUUUGGGCCGAGAUACUUGUCAGAAAUCCAAAAGCUGUCAGGCGCCAUGGCCUUUAUUGCGAACCUCCGAGGUUCGCCUUAUGCCGCCACCUUUAACAACCCAACUGCGUGGGAAGAAGUCUCCCAGUCAUUUACCCGGGAAUUCUGCUCCCUUUUGGGCCUAUCGGCGGAUUCGCCGCUUUACAUCGCGGCAACAGCCGGCGUAAUCGCGCUUCCUACCCUAUUAAAGCUCCAGACCAUUAUGAAAGCUAAGCGUACCGAAUGGACGUCGGAGAAUGAGCUUCCGGUCGAAAUUCCCCUUCCGCCCUCAUAUCUCUUCCAUUCCAUCUUCGUCUGCCCGGUCUCCAAAGAACAGGCGACAGAUGAGAACCCUCCGAUGAUGAUGCCAUGCGGGCACGUCAUUGCGGAGGAGUCACUCAAACGACUCAGCAAGGGUGGCCGAUUCAAAUGUCCCUACUGCCCUAAUGAAAGUCAUUUCAAGGACGCUCGAAAGAUUUUCCUAUGA